AUGCCUGGUGUUCCCCCUGACGCGCUUGAGCAGGUGAAGAAGGGAUUCAAGCGGCUUUUCAGUCGCAAGAAGAACAAGAAGCCCGCGCAAGCAUCCGAGCCUGCUGCUGCAACUGCCCCUGUGGCCGGUGAGGCGGCCGCUGCAAAGCCCACCGGCCCCACUGCCACCCCGGAUACUGCCCCUGACGCUCCUAAACCAGCUGAGACAGCCCCCGCUGCCCAGGCAGAUACCACUGCUGCUAAGCCUGAGGAGGAGGCACCUGCUGCCCAAUCUGAGGCCCCUGCUGCUAAGCCCGAGGCUGCUGCUGCUCAGCCUGAAGCUACGCCCGAAGCGCCUGCUGCUGCUAAGGUCGAGCCUCCUGCUGCUCAACCUGAAGCUGCGCCUGAAGCCCCCGCUGUUGAACCCGAAGCGCCUGCUGCUAAGGCCGAGGAACCUGCCAAGACCGACGUUCCCGCUAAAUAA